UUUUUCCAGACUUGCAUUGAAUCGAAAGCCCUUCCGAUAGUUCAUCAUGUUAAGUACAUAUGUGGUCCUACAGAAGAUCACAGAUUCCAUAUGGGAAAGUUCUCCGGAGUCCUGAAGUGUCUGCUUGGGGAUCAAGUCAUAACAGAUAAGCAGGACCGUGGUACUGUGCUGGCAGGUGAGAUAGCCCUGCAGAGAGGACUAGCGUGUAGUACAGCCGGAGGAACUCAUCACGCUUUUCCCGGCUACGGCUCAGGUUUCUGUCUGCUUAAUGACCUAGCUGUGGCCGCCAAAUACAUGAAGAGGAAGUUUACCACCAGGAAGAUUCUCAUUGUGGAUCUGGAUGUACAUCAGGGUGACGGCACAGCAUUGAUUUUCAAGGAGGAGCCAGAUGUUUUCACCUUCUCAGUGCAUUGUGGGAAAAACUUUCCAUUCAAAAAGCAGCAGAGUGACCUGGAUAUCAAUGUGGAAGAUGGUAUCGAAGGAAAAGAGUAUAUUUCCAAAGUUUACCAGAGGGAUCUUUACGUACUUCAGACAGUCAUUAAAAAGGGCAUUCCUGUAGCCACAGUUAUCGGAGGAGGCUAUUCCAGGAAUAUUGAUCGCUUGGCACGGAGGCAUUCAAUAAUUCACAGGGCUGCAUCCAAGGUUUGGAGACAAGAUGGAUUGUAACCCCAUGAUGGAAAGUACAGCAAACAGUGAAGAUCUCGGAGCGCUGAGGGAUUGUUUAUUAACUUACUGCAAAUACAAUAAUCAUUGCCAAGGCAGUAGAUUUCGUGAGUAACAUUUUAUAUUAUAACAAGCUGUCUUUUUUUUAUAAAUUAUAAUAUAAUUUUAUAUGAUUAACCCCUAGUUUUACAGAUGAGGCUUAAAGCUAGUCCUAGACUAAGACACAUGUUUGAGCUGUCUCAAUUGAAAAUAACUUGCACUAACAGAUCUUAAAGGGAUAGUGCACCCAAAAAUGAAA